AUGAUGGUUGGCGGUAUUUUGGUCGAGGAUGCUUGGUCCAUCGAAUACCUGGCUCAAAACCGACGCAUCGUGUUUUUAUGGAACACAGUUUUCAUCUCCCUCGUUGGGAUCUUACUGUUCAGAGCGUCAAUGGCCAAAACGACAGUGGAUCGACGAGCAUUGGCGAUAUGGACCACCAUAGCUUAUAUACCCGCCACAACCACCAUGUUUCUUUUCUUUUACCUCUUCUUCUUCCGACAUCCUCAAUCGUACACUCUAGGCGACGGUCUCGAAAUUCUGGCCUUCUUUUGUCAGAAAUACCUCCUAGGGGAGAUGUUGGGACAUGCGUUUGUGGAUAUCGAUGAUGAACCUUUAACACCUCCUAGAACUUUACCCCCGUUAGUAUCCGCUUUGGGCAUUGUAGAACCUUCUUUGUUAGUCUCGGAAGUCAAGACGGAUGGACAUCACCACACUCAACAACAAACAUUUAUCAAGCAAUACUCGGAUGACGAUGAUCACGAUCUAAGGGCCGAAAAAGAAUCAGUGGAGAGAGUUUCGACUAGAGAAGACACGAAGAAGACACAAGGAUGGCAAAAUUGGUUGACAAACGUUUCUCUCAGUGUUGGGGAUAAUAAAUCGAGGGAAUGGGAACAUACGACUUUACCGCGUGAGAGAGGGACGAUGAGUGAGAGACGUAGUAUGACAGAACCGACUUAUGAGAAGAGAGAAGAAGCGUCAUGGGAGAGAAAAGAAAGAUGGGAGAAAAGUUCAAGAAUGUGGGAAGUAAAAGAGAUUAUGAGUCGGAAUGGACUAUAA